GUUGAAACACAGCUAGGCAGUCAAACAGAGAGGUCGCGCAGCGCAUUAUAUAUAAAAUAUUUCUGCUGAAUUUGCAAGUGGAUUAUUUUGGGACUGAGCCAUCACCUCAGCGGUACACCUGACCCUGUAGGUUAUUCUCUUAACCAUCAUCCCAGUUCUUCAUUCAAUGCCUAACACUGUGGAAAGUGAAGGCGCCAAGGUAUCCGCUAGUACUGAUCAGGAGGCCCCAUCACGGGUCCCGGGACGAGAGGAUGAACGUGAGCGCAGCUUCCUGAGUCCCAUGAUGCGUGAUGCUCUGCGAGUACGACGGGCCUCCAGUGCAGAGCUCCAGCUUCCAUGGACGUGUCCUGUAACUCACUCCCGGGAGAAGUUCUACACCGUGUGCUCGGACUAUGCCCUGCUCAACCGAGCUCGACCAAUCAUCACAUCCGAAGAUGCAUCACAGACCAAUCCUGACAGCGGGACAUCAUUAGCCAAGAGCAACACAGCAGCAUGUUCUCAGAGUCACUCAGGGGGAAUAAGUGUAUCUUUGGAUGGGAACUGUGAUAUGGAGGUUGUGUCCUCCAGCAACAAGCCAGUGCUGGCCUGGGAGAUUGACACCUCAGAUUUUGAUGCGGUUUUAACCCGGAAAACCAGAACAAGUAAUUUGAAGAAAUUCAACACUAAGAAAAUGAAAUCAUCUGACAGGCCAAGCAGAAACCUGCAAGAUCUCCCACCACAAGCCUCUCUGGAUGAAAUCAAACAGAGAAAAGUGCUGGACCUCCGUAGAUGGUACUGCAUUAGCCGACCACAGUAUAAAACAUCAUGUGGGAUCUCUUCACUUGUUUCUUGCUGGAACUUUCUCUACAGUACUCUUGGAGCAGGCAGUCUCCCACCUAUUUCUCAAGAAGAAGCUCUGCAUAUACUUGGAUUUCAGCCUCCAUUUGAAGAUAUCAAAUUUGGACCAUUCACUGGCAAUGCCACUUUAAUGAGAUGGUUCAGACAAAUCAAUGAUAAUUUUCGUGUUCGGGGCUGCUCGUAUAUUCUGUACAAGCCUCACGGGAAGCACAAGACAGCAGGAGAGACAGCCGAGGGGGCGCUCAUGAAGCUGACACAGGGUCUUAAAGACGAAUCCAUGGCCUACAUUUAUCACUGUCAGAAUCACUACUUCUGUCCUGUGGGCUAUGAAGCUACUCCACUGAAAGCAGCCAAAGCAUACAGGGGACCACUGCCUCUUAAUGAGAUGGAGCACUGGAUUCUCAUUGGCGAACCAAGCCGGAAACAUCCUGCAAUCCACUGUAAAAAAUGGGCAGACAUCGUGACGGACCUGAACACUCAGAACCCAGAAUACUUAGACAUUCGCCAUAUUGAGAGAGGCAUACAGUAUCGCAAAACCAAAAAGGUUGGAGGCAAUCUGCAUUGCAUCAUGGCCUUCCAGAGAGUGAACUGGCAAAAAUUGGGACCAUGGGCGCUAAAUCUGGAAAACCUGAGGCAUGAUCUCCAUCAUCAGGCUCCAGAACACAGAGGCCAAGCUUCAACAGAGGACAGUUCUGAGGAGCGAACGGUGAAACGCCUAGGUAGGUCUCUCAGCACGGGGAACAAGCCUGAAAAUGCCUGGAAGCGUUUGUCCAACACAGCCGAGUACAGGCACAGAGGCUCUCCAGACAGCGACCUGGAUGAAGACAUCACUGACUAAAUAUGAAGGGCCAGGUGGGUUUCGACACUUUUAUUCUAGAUUAUUUACCUUAUUACCAGGUUAUUUGCAACAGUUAAAGGUUAGAAUCCGGUAUGAGGUUAUGAUGUAACGGUUAGUGCUCAAACUGGUAAACUUAAAGAUGGAGGUUUGACGCCAAUAAGGAUAUGGGAAUGAGCUCUUGUGGAGGACGUCCCUGUUAUACUGACAACAAAGUGAAGUAAGUUACACUGGCUUUGGUGAUGUUCCGAUGAAUAAAAAUUAAAAAAUAAUAUGAGAUGGCUUUUCAAGAAGAGGUUAAAUGGUUAGUUCACGCCUAAAUGAAAAUUGUCGUCAUUUACUCAUUGUUAUUGUUCCAAAACAGUAUGACUUCUUCAUUUUUGGAUUGAAAAACUUAGAUUUUAUCAAAACUGCAAAGAUUUCUGAAGUCUGAUCACCCAACAAGCCCUGGUAAAUCUAUUAAACAGUCAUUCUGUGUAAUAGCUGUUCAAGUUAAAUUACAUUAGUAAGUACUAGUAUUACACUUUGAAAAUAACCUGACAACACAUUAAUAUAUGCACCAAUAUUAAGCCAACAGAAAGCAAGUUAUUGCAUUUACAUGGGAAAGCAAUAUCCAUGUAAUCUAAAAAUCUUACCCUGACUAACAAGCGACGAGUGUCCAGCAGUUUGUGCCGCAAACCAAGCUCGUUCAUCAUUGAGGGAAUACAUGCAAUUUGUGCAUGUCCUCGUGCAUUGAGUUAUUGAAUAAGUCCAUUUGGUAAUUUCAAUCAUUAUACUGUUGGCAUCUUUCAUUUUCGGAUUAGUGAAAUAGUCUUUCAGUCAUCGUGUGUAACAAUUUUGCGUCUUCUUGGACACUUUAAAAAUGCAGCAAACUGAAACCGUGUGGAAGUGUACAAACAUGUUAAGUGUCUGUGUAAUGAGGUCAGUCUGUCUGAUGCAUUUUUUCAUAAUGAUUUGAUUGGAAGGUAAUCACAGAAUUAUUCUAUGUAGCCAAUCGUUGUAGACAACAAAAAAUAAAGUAGCGACUGUAGGUUAAAUGAAAAUAGUGUGGCAAAAGUAACAAUACAGCAAUAAUGUUACUAUUGUUACUUAUUGUUAGGUACAAUUACUGAGAAAAACUACUCAAUUUGAGUGUUUAUAUUUGGUUGCUUUACACCACUCUUAAUAUACGAUAGUGACCAUAAACAUGAGUACAAAAAAAUGAUAGUACUAUCUACAGGGGAUUGGAACCAAUUAUAUCCAGCUGCAGGCCCGCAAAACCACACGUUUUAGGCACACACAAUCUAGGCAAACCAUAUAUGGUUACGACGGAUGUUAAUGUUAUUAACAUCUUGGACAUCGUCGUCGAUAUAUUUUGAUAUAUAUGGUUAUUAAUAUUGUACACAAUAAACAAUAGUGUUUACUUUGUCACAAAUAUUGCGAUCGAGACGGGCGAAUGGGGAGCAUUGUUUCUGAUCGCCAUUCAAUAUAAUAGACUGAACAGUUUUCUAUCAGUCAUCACGGAUGAUCAGUCAUUAUUAUCUGACAGAGUCAAUAUAGCAGAUACUCGUUUGCUGGGCUUGCUGAAAGAUCUAAAUUGGACAGGUUUAAUUUAUAUAAUGGAUUCUUUUAUCAUGAAGGAAACAAUAGCAAUUUAAUAUAGGCAAUAAUAAAUUUUACAUGUAAUAAAUGUAUAACACUAUUAAUAUUUUACUCAAGCGAUUUAAUAGUGUGUAUUUGCUUAAUUUUCGAAUAACUUUUUAAUUAAUGAUUUCCCACAUUAAAUAAUGUAGUAAUUUAUAGU